CAGUUAAACGUUAACCUAUAAACUUAGAAAAAUGUCAUAAAAUAAACAUUUAUUGUUGCACACAAUAAAAGUGAAGUGCUUCACCACUCUUAAAUCCUAAACAUAAGUGCAAGAUGACCCACAAUCCAAACAGCAGCCAUUCAUUCCAUCGAAGUCAAUCCGCGGAUCUGACUCAACCCCAACCAAGGGUCCUGCUUACAGCUCAUUCAAGCAACACUUUACCGUCGAUGUCAGUGUCAGGAUCAUUCCAUAGAACAGUUGAAAGUGCCAGACACUUGAGGGAUAGUUUUUCCAGUGUCAUACGAGGCAUAGAGCCUCUAGUUGAAACAGCUCGAACUGUGAAUGCUGAAGUCUCGAGUUUCUUGAACAGGCCUCAGUCGGAGUCGAACUUAAGUAGGCCUCCUGGUAACGACGACGGCAGUUUUGUCAUUAAUUUACAUGUACCUCCGACCCCCAGGGAAACCGAAGCAACAGAGGAGAUUAAUAUAGAGGACGUAGGGAACUUUUUGAAUAAUCCAACUAACAAUACAGACAAUAACAAUACUGAUGACCAAGAAAGAAUGCAAACUGUGAUCGAGGCGCAAGAAUGUUUGAAAGUUUUGUUGAAAUAUGUUCCCUUUAUUCUAAUUUUAUUAGCAAAAGCUGUAUACGACUAUCACGAAGGUAUUUUCAUACUCAUUAUAUUAUUUGUGACGUUUGCUCAUUCAAACUCCGCUGUGAAAAAAGAAGCGAUCAAGAGACAAAGGAGAAGUAUUUCAACUCUUUCUCUAGAGUUAGUGUACAUCUUCGUGUGUUUGGUGUUUAUUCAUUACGUGUUUGAGGAUGAUCUGCACAAUUUUAACAUAGUUCUCAAUUUGGUGUUGAUAAGGACUUUUACUCAUCCACUUUCUGUGUGGAAUCUGCUUUGGAUCGUUCUCAUAACCGAUUUCGUAUUAAAGUUGUUUACCGUUAGUAUCAAGAUACUUAUCACCAUGCUACCAGGGGCCGUUUUAGAGUUUAAGAAAAGGGGAAAAGUUUAUUUAUUCAUCGAAGCAGUAUCGCAGCUUUAUAGAAGCAUCGCAGCGAUUCAACCCUGGCUGUACUACCUCCUUGAAUCAUAUCAAGGCCCGGAAAAAAUUGUUGCUGUAUUUUUGUCAGCAUUCUAUAUGAUUUCGAAGGGCACCGAUUUAAUGUCGAGGAUGAAACUGUUGAAGACUGCUUUCUUCAAAGUUUUACAGAAUGUGAGUAUCGGAUCCUCCCCUAGCAAGGACCAGAUACAGACGGCGGGGGACCACUGCCCCAUCUGUCACGACGAAUACGACUCUCCGGUUUUGCUCCAAUGCCGCCACAUUUUCUGCGAGAGUUGCGUCACGACCUGGUUUGACAGGGAACAGACUUGUCCCCUGUGCAGGGCUAAAAUUGUCGACGACCCCGCCUGGCGGGACGGUUCCACUUCGUAUUUCAUGCAGCUGUUUUAGAUUUGGACAUAUUUUUAUACUGAGUUGAUUGUUUUUAGAAGCGUGGGGGAAUUCUGUGAAUGAUAUAUUUUUGUAAAACUUAUUUUUAUUUAAUCUCAUAUAUAUUCUAUCUUUAUAGUUUAGGAGAAGCGACUGAGGGUAUUGUUUGUUAUUAAUAUAUAUCGGAGGAAAGAAACCGACUAGCUUAUUAAUAUGUCUAGUAUUAAGAAUAAUAAACGUCUAUAAACAAUGCGUUUUUCUUAGUUUGAUUUGGAAGAAUCGACCGACUAAAUGUUGCAAAACUCGGAGGUGUGACUGAUUUUCAGGAAAAAGUUUAUAUACUCGCAAGAAUGUACUCAUAUAUUUUUAUGUAUUGUCUGGUCUGAAAAUAUAAGGAUACUUCUAAUCGAAAUUUAAAUUCAAUUCUGUUGCAUUUUCAUUAUUGUCGCUAUUUAAUCUUAUCUUCCAGUUAGUGUCAAGAACGAAAAUGCAUUUGUAAAACAGAUUAUUUUUUCUUAUCUUUCUCUUUAUUGUACACAGUCCGGUAACUAAGUUUUAAGACUGACUUUAUUGUGGCGCUAUCUAUGAACGGAACUACGUAGUGCGAAGCCUUUCGAGCGACCGAACAAAAGAGUGUCCGCAAAGAUCGUCCGUUUUUUCACAAUUCGCAGAGAACUAAAGAAAAUCGAUAAAAAUAUGUUUUUGGUCUCAA